UCGAGAAGAGUGUGAAGUGCUGUGGCGCCAGUUGUACACUAAUCCUUGGAGCCCAGUCACCAGAUGUUUGUGAUGAUAAAGCGAUAGGAACUGGCGCCAAUAACUCGUGGAAUAACUUCAUUGCACAAUGUAUAUAUUUUUUUUUCGUUAUUGUUUAAUUAUGCAGUAUAAUUUGUUUUCCUUUUGCAAGUAUCUGCUGUUAUGAAAAUUGAUGAACCUAUGCCCAUACAACCACUAGGUACACUAUCUACCACAUUUUAUUUAGAGCCCAGAAAGUUUUUUCACUGCUUUGAUCACCAGACGUCUCAAAAUUGAGCAUUUUCCCGCUCGCAUGCGGAAUGGUGAUAACGUGUUCUCGUGCUAUAAGUGCCGGUAUUGUAAAUGUAUUUAGUUAUACAAGCACAUAGAUAUAAGUAACUUCUAAAUGUAACCCCACGUUUACACAACACAAGCCAUGCAGCCACCCCAAGAACACAAAUCAACAGAAGAGUAAUGAAAUAGUAGCACAGAAUGUACUCAUCAGUUCUGUAGUUACGAGUUUACAAUCAGUGUAUUAUUUCCAACAGAAUCUAUGCACAAAUUCCCACCUGACCAUUGACGUUGCCCUGCUGCCUAGCAGAGGUCGAGCGAACUAACGUCAAUAACACAGACCAAAAACUGAUGUUUGCUACACAGCAGCUGUUAUGCCGUGGAGACGUGAGAGAGUUCAGCUGUGUAUACUGCUACUCAGUGUACCAGUUCAGUACCUUAUUUCGGGAAACCUAGGAACCACAAAACUCAAAAUAUUGCCACAAGUGAAGCAUUUACAGGACAUGUGGUUCACAUUGCAAUCAUGGAAUGUCAAGUGGCUGCAGCAUGCAUCCUGGAUGCUAAGAGCUGUCAUUCAGCCAGACGAUUUCACCAGCACACAUGCUGAUGAGUCUCCAGCUGUUGAAGUUUUAAAAUAUAGGGAGAAAGCUGGAUACUUUGCCACCUCAUUAGAGGUGCGAAAUAAACGACCACUUCACUUACGCUACAGAAUUGGACAAGUAGUCAAACAUCGUACACUGGGCUACAAAGGUGUCAUUGUAGGCUGGGACCUGCAGGCCAAGGCUCCCGAAAGUUGGCUGCAGCAUCAGUAUGGCAGUAGCAAGGCUCUUCGUAAUUGGCCACAUUAUGCAGUUCUGGUAGAUGGAGGGGAUAUCACAGGAUCUCAUGUAACUUAUGUUGUUCAGAAACAGCUGGAGCUUAUGAAGAACACUGAAGUUCGACAUCAUGAAACGAAAGAGAAAUUUGAAUACUUUGAUGGGGCACAAUACAUUCCACGAGAAAGGUUAAGAAUUCUCUACCCAAAGGACUGAACAUCAGUGAACAUGAAUACUUGCAGUAUUUCAGUUUUGUAGAAUGUAAGAAUUAUUGUUUCAUGGUGUGACAAUGAAAUUUGAAAAUAAAAAUGUAUUUUACACAUUGAGAAAUGCUUAAUUAAAUUGAUUAUUUUUA